GAAGACGAGAUAUGAAACGCGCAGCUUCAGGGAGCGUGGGAAAACAGAGAAGGUUUUCAAUCAAUUUUCUGGAAGUCUAUCAAUAAUUUAGUAGUCAGAUUAUAUUACAGAGAUAAAAGAGAGAGAGAUGGGUAGGUGCGUAAUAAUCAUGAGCUUGAUGAUGCUGCUGAUGAGUAGCCGAUUUACGGAGGGAAUAUGGCUGAAUCUACCAAGUACAGGAACUAAGUGCGUUUCUGAGGAGAUCCUGAAUAAUGUUGUUGUCGUUGCUGAUUAUGUUAUUAUCGAUGAACAAGGUCACGCGUCUCCCACUGUUUCGGCUAAGGUGACAUCUCCUUACGGCAACAAUCUGUACCACAAAGAAAAUGUGACUCAUGGUCAGUUUGCUUUUACGACUACUGAGAUUGGUAAUUAUGUUGCCUGUUUCUGGGUUGAUGGUAAUCAUCAAUCUGCUACUCUCAAUCUUGACUGGAAAAUCGGGAUUGCUGCCAAAGAUUGGGAUUCUGUUGCCAAACAGGAGCAUAUUGAGGGUGUUGAACUUGAGUUUCGGAAACUUGAAUCUGCAGUCGAAUCUAUUCAUCAGAAUUUACUCUAUCUGAAGAACAGGGAGGCAGAAAUGAGGGAAGUGAGUGAAAAAACCAACGCUAGAGUUGCCUGGUUGAGUAUUAUGUCCCUCAGCGUGGGUAUUGUGGCUUCACUUUUUCAGGUGUGGCAUCUGAAGCGCUACUUUCAGAAGAGGAAACUUAUAUAGUUAUCAUUUCUGAGUCUGAUAAAAUUAAGUUAAGGGGAAGGUUCUUCAUUCUUCAAAGGAGAACUAGAGUUGAUAGAUUUUUUAGUUUUGCCCCAGCAGAAAUUUAUUUAGCAUAGAAUGAUUAGACUCCUCCCCCUUCACACACGGGGAUUAUGGGUUUUGUUGAGCUCUUUCUUAUAUGUAUCACUUCCCUAAAUUUAAUUGGAAAAACCUAUUUUUAGUAUGUGCUUCCACUGUCGUGAUUCAAUUCUCAUUUCUUCUAAAGAAACUAUCAAUUGAUCUUUGCUCCUA